CGCUAACAUCCGAGCCUCCCUUUCCCUCCGCAGAGCUGCGUUUCUGCUGCUAAAUUGGGCCGAACCAUUUUGUCACGGUAACAUUUCAGCUUCUCAAAGACCCAGGAAUAUACAUUCUCCACAGCUGUAACUUAAAGAAACAAAUUAAUGACAUUUUUAGGUUGGCUGCCAAACUUCACCCUCUUAUCCAUAUCAUAGCGGAUAUUUCUCCAGUUGGUCCAAACCUACACCCCUCUCUUCUCUUGCUUUAAAGUGGUGUGCUCCGUCUUGCUGCCAUGUUGGAAGCACAUAUCGAUGCUCCAGCUACUGGAGUUACCGAAUGAAAGUUCAGAGUGUAUUCGUCUUUAGACGCUUAACGGGGUCUUAUUUUUUGUUGAACGACAACCGCAGAAGUCACGGUUAUUUCAUAAGCAGGAAUAAGCGUAGGGAACUCCCGGCACCCCUCCUCCGCCUUGCAGUCAGGAGUCGGACUCGGCGGAGAUGAUCCGGUUGCAGGCCAUAGCAACCAGCCCGCAUGGAUUUUCUGUAACCAGUAGUGUUUGCUGAGCCUGUCUAGGGAUAACCGCAUUAUUUCGGGGUUAAACUAGAAGAAACCAGAGCCAUGAACAGCCACCCUCCGCCCCGCAGGAUAGCUAACGUUGGCUCCCUCCUCCUGACCCCACAGGAGAACGAGUGCCUGUUCGGGUACCUGGGCAGGAAAUGUGCCACCCUGUGUUCGGCGGUGGUCCAGGUGUACAGGGCCGAGCGGAGCGGCAGCUGGGUGAAGAGAUGCUGUGGAGUGGCCUGUCUGGUUAAAGACAACCCACAGAGGUCGUACUUCAUCAGAGUGUUUGACAUCAAGGAAGGAAAAACUAUGUUUGAACAGGAGCUUUACCACAACUUCUCCAUCAGCAGCGCCAGACCCUACUUCAUCUCAUUUGCAGGAGAUACCUGUCAGAUCGGUCUGAACUUUGCUAGUGAAGAAGAGGCCAAAAGAUUCAGAGCUGGCAUCAACGACCUGCUCAACCGACGGCAGCGCAAAAUCGAGAAAAGAGGUGACCCUAAAAAUGGUCCAGUUCUGCCCAUGGCCACAGUGGACAUCAAGAACCCAGAGAUCAACAACGUCCGAUUCCACAACUCCCACAGCCACCAGCAGCCGUACCACCUCAACAACAUGCUGAGCCACAGCGGACUGACACGCAAGGACAAGAAAACCAAAAGCAAGAAGAAGAAGCUGACCAAGGCCGACAUCGGCACACCCAGCAACUUCCAGCACAUCGGUCACGUGGGCUGGGACCCAAACACAGGUUUUGACCUUAACAACCUGGACCCUGAACUGAAGAACCUGUUCGACAUGUGCGGCAUCUCCGAGGCUCAGCUGAAGGACCGAGAGACAUCCAAGGUCAUAUAUGACUUCAUCGAGAAGAAGGGAGGAGUGGAGGCCGUCAAGAACGAGCUGAGGAGGCAGGCGCCCCCCGCACCCCCUCCACCUCCUUCACGUGGCGCCCCGCCUCCCCCCCCUCCUCCUACCAGAGGAGGUCACCAGCCUCCUCCUCCGCCUCACCAUCACCACCACCAGCCCCCUCCUCCGACCUCCUCGCACUACUCUGUUGCUCCCCAAGCCCCACCUCCUCCACCACCCCCACUGGCCCAGCAACCUCCAGCAGGCAGCGGCGACUCUGCCAUUGCUUCACCACCUCCUCCUCCACCUCCCCCUCCCCCUCCAGAGCUGGACAUUAUCGGUGGAGGUGGAGACUCGCCUCAAUCUGCGAGUCCAGGUAGGAAGUCAGCACUUCUGGAGCAGAUCAGAGGAGGAACCCAGCUGAAGAAGGUGGAGCAGAACCACCGAGCACCGGCCUCCAGCACGGGACGAGAUGCCCUGCUCGACCAGAUCCGACAGGGAAUCCAGCUCAAGACUGUAUCAGAUCUUCCAGAGUCCGGCCCUCCGACGCCAGCUCCUGCUGCGGGCAUCGUGGGCGCUCUCAUGGAAGUGAUGCAGAAGAGGAGCAAAGCCAUUCAUUCCUCAGAUGAAGACGAGGAUGACGAUGAAGACGAGGACUUUGAGGAUGAUGAUGAAUGGGACGACUAGUCCUCAACCCCCUUCCCCCUCCCUGCACCUCAAGCUGACACUAAAAUAUCUUCUAAAAAUCUUCCAGAACCUAAAAUGUAAAUGUUGUAAGAAUUUGUUGUAUAUUUAUUUUUGCCCUUUUUUUAUGAUUGUUACAGUUAAAUUGUGCAAUACCUCAUCUGUUAAAUCUAUAACAUUCAUCACAUGCCCUUAUUGUUAAAAACCGCCCACUUCCUGUCACUAGAAAGCACUUAAGUCAGUCAUCAGCACAAUGUGGAGCCACUACAUUUCAUUAUUAAUAAUCAAUCAUUUCGAACUCCAGCUGCUUCCCUGAGAGGUGCUGCAGUCCUCCUGUGAUCCUUGGAAUAUAGUGUUACUUUCUUUAUGUUUUCGUUUGUUGUUUUAGAAACUUUAAAGUGCGACCAAACAGGCCGGAUCCUCUUGGUGUUGGCAGUGGGUCGGGUUCGAUGCAAGUUGACUAUUUUCUUAAUGUUUCUUUUCAUACCUUCUAGUUUCCUAAUAAAUUGUAGUCGUGUA